GUCAGUGCGGACUUUCCUCGGGACGAAUGAAAGAAGAUGAUGUUUGUGUUGGUGUUGGUGUGGUAGCAUUAAGGCAUCCUUAAAAAAUGUCUCUUAAUGGAGGGGGAAGCAGGGGAUUUUACUUCAACACCGUCUUGUCGCUGGCCCGGUCGUUGGCAGCUCACCUGCAGCCGCCGUUAGACAAGGUCCAGAAGCUACAAUGCAUGUGCCCCGUGGACUUCAGAGGAGUCUUCCAGCUGGACGAGAGGAGGAGAGAUGCUGUCAUUGCACUGGGCAUCUUUCUAGUAGAGUCAAACCUGCAGCACAAAGAUGCUAUCGUCCCCUACCUUAUCGGGUUGCUUAAAGGGCUUCCUAAAGUUCAGUGGAUUGAAGAAAGCUCUGAACGCAAAGGAAGGGAGAACCUUCCUGUCGCAGAGAACUUCAGCUUUUGUCUUGUAACACUACUCUCAGACGUUGCCCAACGUGAUGAGGCCCUACGAGGACAGAUCCUGGAGGCGGUCAUGGACAUCAUGCAAGUCCUGCAAGAUAUCUGCAAGAAUCCAGAGGCUCAUGACAAAGAAUACCUCUGUAGGUACACUGUGCCCACCCUGCUCGGUGUUGCCCGUGCAUUUGGCCGAUACAGCAACACUGACGAGCCCUUACUGUCCAAGCUGUUCCCUCGACCGGUUGCUCCUGUGCUGCCUACGGCCGACGAAACUGACGUGCUGCACCGACGGUCCUUCAAUGACUUCCGUUCCAUCCUGCCCAGCUCUUUGCUCACGGUGUGUCAGGGAGACACACUGAAACGUAAAGCCUCCUCUCUGUCCAGCGUGUCACAACAGGCCAGUCCAGAGAGAGCCUGUCUGACCCCCAGCUCACCUGCUGAUCCCUCUUCUCAGUACUUCGAAGGUUCCUACCUGCCCGAUGGCAGUGCAGUGGACCCUGAUUACUACUUCUCCACCAUCAGCUCCAGCUUCUCUGUCUCACCUCUUUUCACUGGAAGCAGCUCUGGAGAGUUUCAUGUCCCUAUGGAUAUGCUCAGACAGCUCCUUAGCAUGGUUGAACUAUUUGUCUCUGAGUCAUUUUUGAAAUCACUGGAUGUGUCCUUGGCAGAACUUCGAGAGUUGAAUCCUGGUCUUCAUCUCUACUACAAAACCUUCAGCGAUCCUUUAUAUGUAGCCAUAUUUAAAAUGCUAAGAGACACCCUGUAUAAUCUAAAAGACCUUCAGACAGACUAUGUGAAGGAGGUCCACGACUUUGUGCUGGAGCAGUUCAGCAGCAGCCAGUCGGAGCUGCAGAGGAUCCUGCACGAUGUCGAGUACCUCCAGAGUGAACUGAGCCCGCUGAAACUGCGUUGUCAGGCCAACGCUGCCUGUGUCGACCUCAUGGUUUGGGCUGUUACUGAAGAGCAGGGAGCUGAAAACCUUUGCACCAAACUGUCAGAGAAGCUACAGUCCAAGACGUCAAGUAAAGUCAUCAUCGCUCACAUGCCCCUCCUCAUUUGCUGCUUACAGGGUUUGGGUCGUCUGUGUGAGCGCUUUCCUGUGGUGGCUCACUCUGUCACCAUGUCCCUGAGAGACUUCUUGGUUGUACCCUCUCCUGUUUUGGUGAAGCUGCACAAAUACCACAGCCAGUAUGGUUCAGGUGGUGGUGAGAUAAAGAUCCAUGUGACCAAUGAACACUCCCAGUCAACCCUCAGUACCAAUUCCAGCAAGAAGAGCCAGCCCUCCAUGUACGAACAGCUGCGGGACAUCUCCAUAGAUAACAUCUGCAGGUGUCUGAAAGCCGGUCUGACUAUGGAUAACGUCAUUGUAGAAGCUUUUCUCGCCAGUCUGUCCAACCGUCUUUACAUCUAUCAGGAAAAUGAUAAGGAUGCUCACUUGAUCCCAGACCACACCAUCAGGGCUUUGGGUCACAUUGCCGUGGCCUUACGGGACACCCCCAGAGUAAUGGAGCCCAUCCUUCAGAUCCUGCAGCAGAAGUUCUGUCAGCCUCCCUCCCAGCUUGAUGUCCUCAUCAUAGACCAGCUUGGCUGCAUGGUCAUCACUGGGAAUCAAUACAUCUACCAGGAAGUGUGGAAUUUGUUCCAGCAGAUCAGUGUCAAAGCCAGCUCCAUGGUCUAUUCUACCAAGGACUACAAGGACCAUGGAUACAGACACUGUUCCUUGGCUGUGAUAAAUGCUCUGGGUAAUAUAGCAGCCAACCUUCAGGCUGAGCAUAUGGUCGACGAGCUGCUGGUCAACCUGCUGGAGCUUUUUGUCCAGCUGGGCUUAGAGGGGAAGAGAGCCAGCGAGAGAGCCUCAGACAAAGGCCCGACUCUGAAGGCAUCAAGCAGUGCUGGAAACCUCGGCGUCCUAAUUCCAGUUAUUGCAGUGCUGACUAAGAGGUUGCCACCAAUUAAGGAAGCAAAACCUCGUCUGCAGAAGCUCUUCAGGGACUUUUGGCUCUACUCUGUUGUCAUGGGAUUUGCUGUGGAGGGCUCAGGUCUGUGGCCAGAAGAAUGGUACGAGGGAGUUUGUGAGAUUGCGACCAAAUCGCCGCUGCUCACAUUUCCCAGCGGGGAACCUUUACGCUCAGAGCUGCAGUACAACUCUGCACUGAAGAAUGACACUGUCACUCCGGCUGAGCUGAAUGAUCUGCGUAGCACCAUCAUCAACCUGCUGGAUCCUCCUCCUGAGGUGGCUGCUCUCAUCAACAAAUUGGACUUUGCCAUGUCCACAUACUUGCUGUCUGUUUACAGAUUGGAAUACAUGAGGAUGCUGUGUGCGCUGGACUCUGACCGCUUUCAGGUCAUGUUUCGAUACUUUGAAGAUAGAGCGAUACAGAAAGAUAAAUCUGGCAUGAUGCAGUGUGUGAUUGCUGUGAGCGACAAGGUUUUUGAGAUCUUCCUGCAAAUGAUGGCUGAAAAAGCAAAAACCAAAGCCCAUGAGGAGGAACUCGAACGCCACGCUCAGUUCCUCUUGGUCAACUUCAACCACAUUCACAAGAGGAUCCGCAGAGUGGCUGACAAAUAUUUGUCUGGCCUGGCUGAAACUUUCCCCCACUUGUUAUGGAGCGGCCGUGUGCUGAGGACCAUGUUAGACAUCCUGCAGACGCUUUCCCUCUCACUCAGUGCAGACAUUCAUAAAGACCAACCUUAUUACGACAUCCCAGACACUCCAUACAGAAUCACUGUCCCAGAUACAUAUGAAGCCAGAGAGAGCAUAGUGAAGGAUUUUGCUGCACGAUGUGGGGAGAUCCUUAAAGAGGCUAUGAAGUGGGCGCCGUCUGUGACCAAAUCACACCUCCAGGAGUAUCUAAACAAACACCAGAACUGGGUGUCGGGUUUGUCCCAGCACACAGGACUGGCCAUGGCCACAGAAAGCAUCCUACACUUUGCCGGUUACAACAGACAGAGCACCACACUGGGGUCCACUCAGCUGACUGAGAGGCCAGCCUGUGUGAAGAAGGACUACUCUAACUUCAUGGCCUCCCUCAACCUCAGGAACAGAUACGCUGGAGAGGUAUCUGGCAUGAUCCACUUUGCACAGGCAGUUCGAGGACAGCCCGAUCUGGGCCGGAUGAUGAUUAAGCAGAUGGGAGAGGCUUUGGACUCUGCACAGCCCGAGGUUUUCACUGAGGCCAUGUUCAAACUGGCAGCCUUGCUCAUCAGCACUAAAGACUGCGAUCCUCAGCUACUGCACCACCUCUGCUGGUCGCCCCUCAAGAUGUUUACAGCGCACGGCAUGGAAACGGCUAUCGCUUGCUGGGAGUGGCUGCUGGCAGCACGUGUUGGGAUGGAAGUGCCGUUUAUGCGAGAGAUGGCGGGAGCGUGGCAGAUGACCGUGGAGCUGAAGAUGGGCUUGUUCUCCGACGCUCAGGUGGAGGCAGAUCCUCUGGCUGCAUCAGAGGAAAGUCAGCCUAUCCCCUGCCCUCCAGAUGUUACCCCUCACCACAUAUGGAUCGAGUUUCUAGUCCAGAGGUUUGAGAUUGCUAAGUAUUCCAGCGCAGAUCAAGUGGAGAUCUUUGGCAGUUUGCUGCAACGCUCGAUGUCCCUCAAUGUCGGCGGGGCUAAGAGUAGCCUCAACCGUCACGUAGCUGCCAUUGGACCGCGUUUCAGGCUGCUGACUCUGGGUCUGGCUCUGCUUCACUCUGACGUCCUCACAAAUGCAACUGUAAGAAAUGUGCUCCGAGAGAAGAUCUAUUCUACAGCCUUUGAUUACUUCAGCGUGGCUCCAAAGUUCCCAACCCAAGGUGACAAGCAUCUCCGCGAGGACAUCAGCAUCAUCAUACGUUUCUACGCCAGCAUCCUUUCUGACAAGAAGUACCUGGCAGCGUGCCACUUGGUCCCACCUGAUAAUCAGGACCCGUCCUUGAACAGCCUGUCAGUGAUGAACGCUGCCGACCUCAGGAGCAACAUAGACUCCAGCUCUCGCUCCCAGCAGAGCGGCCAGGGAUGGAUCAACACCUACCCACUGUCCAGUGGAAUGUCCACCGCAUCCAAGAAAUCAGGCUUGUCGAAGAAGAGCAACAGGGGGACGCAGCUUCACAAAUACUACAUGAAACGCAGGACUCUGCUGCUGGCCUUACUGGCCAGCGAGAUCGAACGGUUGACGACGUGGUACAACCCCCUUUCCACUCAGGAACUGGCCAUCGCCACGGAGCAGUCAGUGGAGACCAGCAUCGCCAACUGGAGGUCCAAAUACAUCAGUCUGACUGAGAAACAGUGGAAGGAUAAUGUCAACCUGGCCUGGGGUAUUGCGCCCUACCUGGCUAUGCAGCUACCAACUAGGUUUAAGAAUGACGCCAUUGUUGCUGAAGUUACCCGGCUGGUGAGAUUGGACCCCGGAGCUGUCAGCGAUGUGCCUGAGGCUGUCAAGUUCCUGGUGACGUGGCACACUAUUGAUGCUGACUCUCCUGAGCUGAGCCAUAUCCUGUGUUGGGCUCCAGCAGACCCGCCCACUGGUCUAUCCUACUUCAGCAGCAUGUACCCUCCUCAUCCUCUCACCGCUCAAUACGGGGUUAAAGUGCUUCGCUCUUUUCCUCCAGAUGCCAUCUUGUUCUACAUUCCUCAGAUUGUUCAGGCUCUCCGGUAUGAUAAGAUGGGCUAUGUGAGAGAGUACAUUCUGUGGGCGGCCCAGAAGUCUCAGCUUCUCGCCCACCAGUUCAUCUGGAACAUGAAGACCAACAUCUUCAUGGAUGAAGAGGGACACCACAAAGAUCCCGACAUCGGGGAGCUGUUGGAGCAGAUGGUAGAGGAGAUCACAGGUUCUCUGUUGGGUCCGGCCAAAGACUUCUACCAGAGAGAGUUUGACUUCUUCAACAAGAUCACCAACGUGUCUGCCAUUCUCAAGCCGGUUCCAAAGGGUGAGGAGAGGAAAAGGGCCUGUCUCAAGGCUCUGUCGGAUAUCAAAGUCCAGCCAGGCUGUUACCUACCAAGUAACCCUGAAGCCAUCGUUCUGGACAUCGACUACAAAUCUGGAACACCUAUGCAGAGUGCUGCCAAGGCUCCCUAUCUGGCCAAGUUCAAGGUGAAGCGCUGUGGGGUGAGUGAGCUGGAGAGGGAGGGUCUCCGCUGCCUCUCGGACUCUCUGGAGGACGGAGAGGAGAAUCCAGACGAAUCACGCAGGAUUUGUUGGCAGGCUGCCAUCUUUAAAGUGGGAGAUGACUGCAGACAGGAUAUGCUCGCUCUGCAGAUCAUCGGCCUCUUUAAGAAUAUUUUCCAGCUGGUGGGCCUGGAUCUGUUCGUGUUCCCCUACAGAGUGGUGGCCACUGCACCAGGGUGUGGCGUGAUCGAGUGCAUCCCUGACUGCAAGUCUCGAGACCAACUGGGCAGGCAGACGGACUUCGGGAUGUACGAUUACUUCCGUAAUCAGUACGGUGAUGAAUCCACCCUCGCCUUCCAGAAGGCUCGGUAUAACUUCAUCCGCAGCAUGGCUGCUUACAGCCUCCUGCUGUUCCUGCUGCAGAUCAAAGACAGACACAACGGCAACAUCAUGCUGGACAGCAAGGGCCACCUCAUCCACAUAGACUUUGGCUUCAUGUUCGAGAGCUCUCCUGGCGGCAACCUGGGCUGGGAGCCGGACAUCAAGCUGACAGACGAGAUGGUGAUGAUCAUGGGGGGCAAGAUGGAGGCCACGCCUUUCAAGUGGUUCAUGGAGAUGUGUGUCAGAGGGUAUCUGGCUGUACGACCCUACAUGGAUGCAGUGGUUUCUCUAGUGACCCUCAUGCUGGACACUGGACUGCCGUGCUUCAGAGGACAAACCAUUAAACUUCUCAAAGGACGGUUUAAUCCCCAAAUGAGUGAGAAAGAAGCAGCGGCGUUCAUCAUCAAAGUCAUCCAAAGCUGUUUCCUCAGUAGCAGGAGCAAAACGUACGACAUGCUGCAGUAUUACCAGAACCAAAUUCCUUACUGAAGGACUUCUGCCAGACCUCCACUGUACGUCCAACACACAAACGUCUCUACACAAGCAAUGCAAACCUUCUUUUGGAUGAUUUUAAAUAUGGUCGUGGAUGCACCAGCCGGGUCUGUGCUCCUUUUUAGAGAGACAACAACAUGGCACUUUGAUCCUAGCACACUGUAAGUUGUCAGUUUUAUAAUGUACAUCUGAGUUAUAAAGUAGUUCUUUAUUUAACUUGAGCGUAAAGAACAAUGUACGACUUUUACCAAAAGAGGUAUUUGAAUCACCCUUUAAGUAUUUUUUAGUAUUUGUUACUCAGCAAACACUAACCAAACCGUCACACUAGAGGAAGUUGGCCAUGAAGGGAGCCAUAUUUAUAGUGUUUGUCCAAGCAGCUGUUAUCAUCGUUGUUAUCAUUUUGUUACUAUGCUGUUAUCCACUUUUAUGCACUUUAUAUAUCACAAUAUUUCAUUGGCUUCACCUGCCUAUGAUCAACACAGAUGAGACAUCAGAGAUUACUACAAUCUGCAUUUUAAUCAGCUGAUCAGUACAAUUUGCAGUAUUUUUGAUUUAGCAGAACAAAUAGACAAAUAGAUCAAAAAUCAAUGCAGGAAUCAAUCAACGGUAGUCUUUUAGAAAUGUAAAAGGUAUUUAGAGAAUCAAACGUUAUCAUGCUGUAGUAUUUACUGUAGAAUAUUUAACUGUAGAGUCGCAUCAAGAUCGCAAGAGUUUCUCUGUGAUUUACAUGUGACAUUUAUAUGUGACGAACAUAUUUAUCACAAGAUUUUAAAAACUUAACUGUGCUGCAGUAAUGUCACACCUCUUCACGUCAGCUGUUAGCUUAAAUUGGUUAUUUAGAGAUAUUUUUCCACUACGGGAACUUGAACCUGUAAGGCUUUGUUGCUCAGUUCUGCCUUUUGUUUACAUUGUGUUUUAAAAACCGAAUUGUUUUGGACACGUCAUUGAAAAGUCAACAUUUUUAUCAUAUGUUUUUUGGAGGCCAGUGCAGUUGUGUGACAGACAACAAUGGGAUGAGUGCAGCUGAUAUAGCCCCAGAUUAUAUCCCUCUCAUGUAUUACCAUUAUAUAUAAAUACAAAUAUAUCAAGCUGUGUACACGUUGUUAUACAAAUACAUAGAUGUAACUACAUCCUUACAUUUGCACUCUCCGUUCUCUAACUCCACUCCACUUUUUUAAAAUAUUCACAUAUACUGUUUAAUGUUUAUAAAUUGUUACUUCACUGUACAUUUGAUAAUAAAUAGCUGUAGUACUUACUGGUUAGAUGCUAACAUCAUUAGCUCUGUACCCGUACGCUGCAUAAUGACAAUAAAGCUUAAUCCGAUCUAAUAACAUUCAAGUCACAGAAUUAAGCAUGCUUUAAAAAAAACACACAGCACUGUUCUUAAAAGUUAUUUAAAUAUGCUUACAAAGUCUUCUAACCAUCUGGAUGAAAAAUAUUUGGUCUUUUUUUUUUUUUUUUUUACUUGUUUUUUAAGUGUUUUGUUCUUAUCCAAACAAAGAUGGUGACUGGAAAUGACAUGCCGUGUGGCGUUACUCAAUUUCUACACACAAAUUUAAAAUGUUAUUAUUAGUUAUGGUAUAUAUUGAUUUGUUUCCAGUGUUGAUAAUAUUUUCAUUAAAAAAUAACCCGUUCAUAGUUUUGCAUGUGUUUUACAAAAUGAGUCUGGAUGUUUGUCAUUUCUUAGCUCUGUGACUUGAAAUGUAAUGGUAACACAGGAGAGGCACAAACUGGGGGCUCACACCGCAGCAUUUAUAGCCUAAUACAUAGUUUUCACCUCUUUACACAAAACACUCAACACAAACAAUGAUACAGUAAAAUGUCCAUAAAAUUCAUAAUAUUCUGAAUCAGAAUAUUGUCUGUAUAUAUUGAAACACGUGUCCUUGCAGUGCUGCUUUCACAGACCACUCCAUCUGUUUAGCUUUGCACUCCUGAGACAUUGUUGGACCAAAAAUAAAAAUCAGUGCAGCAGAACUAGAGAUAUCCUUCAGAAGAUGACCACAAUUCAACAGAGAUUAAGGUGUGUUAUGCUAGUAGCAGCUUAUGAAAAUCACAUCCUGAGCAGCUACAAAUAAAAGCAGAGCCUGUGAUGAUGGUUACGUGUUCGGUUCUUGUAGUGGAAAAGGCCAAAUAGGAAAGAGUUGAUAUGGCACAAGUGGCGAACCAGGAGCUCUCUGGCUGCUCGACGUCACAGCAUGUAUGUCUCAAAUACAGAUCCUGAAAGUCCCUCACUUCUGCUUCUGACCUUAUUUAGGAACAAAUGUGUACGUCGAACGGCGAGAGACAACAAUUUUUUUGAUCCCAUUUGAACUGGCCCUGAAUUAAACACGAUGUUUGUCAAUGUAAAAGAUAAAUUUAAUAAAGUAAAUAAAUAAUAAUUUAGUAAAGUAACAUUUAGUUUUACAUGUUAGCUCUGUAAUGUUAAGCUAACAAUUGUUAAGUGGAAGGAAAAGCCCCCAGAGACCUAAUGGGCCCUCACUUUCUCAGUCUGAAUUCUUCAAUGUAACUGUCAGUGAGACACAGAUUCCACUAAAGUUCAAAUAAACACAAGUUUAGUGAUAAUUUCAAGCAAAUAAAACAAAUAUUCUUAUAUAUCCUGUCCUCUUGUGGGUCUUAACACCCACCUUGUCCACAUCCACACAUAAUCAAUAUUAAAACAAUAGUGUAUUCGACCCUAAAACACGUAAAAAGAAAAUAACACUGAAAUGUGACACUGAUCAAUAAGACGUCAUCUUGAUAUUAGCAAAACUUAUAUGCAUAAAACAUCAACACAUGCACUCCAGGUUUGUGUGCUGCGUCACAUGAUGACAUUCACAGCCUUCAGAGUUGAGGUCCACUUGCAAAGGCCCUUUGUUAUCCAUGUGUCUAGUCUUGUAUUUUAUCAGGACUGAGUGCAGGUGCUAGCAACAAUUUGUUAAAAUCCAUAAAGGCCCCAUUGUCCCUCUGUCUGAUAUGCAGUUAAUUCUAAAUUAUGGCUUUCACCUGAGCCUCUGACGUGGCCUGCUAGCAACACUGUUCGAGCAACGAGGCUGAGCUGGAAGACAUAAUCAAAAAAUCUUAAACAUUAUCCUAGUAUUUAGUAGUUAUCCAGCUAGGCAAAUAACAUAUUCAGGCAUGACUAAAUAAAAAAAUUUUCAUUAAUUGCUUGCUUGCCCUAGCUAGGUAACUAAGCUAUGUUUCAGGCACAGAUGUUUCUCACCUGAUAUGUUAAAUCCAGCGACUCCUGGUCCUUUCAUCACAUCAUCUACACAUGUAAGCUCUUUGACGUUAGCUUCAGUAGCGUUAGCUUCAGUAACGUUAGCUUCAGUAACGGUAGCUUGAGUAAUGUUAGCUUCAGUAACGGUAACGGUAGCUUCAGUAACGUUAGCUUCUGUAAUGUUAGCUUCUGUAAUGUCAUCUUCAGUAACGUUAGCUUCAGUAAUGGUAGCUUCAGUAACGUUAGCUUCUGUAAUGUUAGCUUCUGUAAUGUCAUCUUCAGUAACGUUAGCUUGAGUAAUGGUAGCUUCAGUAACGUUAGCUUGAGUAAUGGUAGCUUCAGUAACAGUAGCUUCAGUAACGUUAGCUUCAGUAUUGGUAGCUUGAGUAAUGUUAGCUUCAGUAAUGUUAGCUUGAGUAACGUUAGCUUCAGUAAUGUUAGCUUCAGUAAUGUUAGCUUUAGUAACGGUAGCUUGAGUAACGGUAGCUUGAGUAACGGUAGCUUGAGUAACGUUAUCUUCGGUGACGUUAUCUUCGGUGACGUUAGCUUCAGUCAUAGGGAGAAACAGUAAUGACAUCACAUAUGCAACUUUUGGGUUUGUGGUCUUUGUAAUUAUGUAUUUUCACAGUCUUACACUUCCACAGAUUUACGACAAACUGCAACUUUUUUGACAAACUUAUCUUUUAUAUUGGCAAACAUCACGUUUUUUAAUUCAGUGCUUAACUCAAAUGAGAUGAAAACAUUUCUUUCUUGUCUCUUGCCGUUGACUUCCGUACAUGGACCACCAGAAGGGGAGGGUCUUUGGCUCUCUGUAGAGACUGAGGUAUAUUUUUGUCCCGUCUAAUAAAGUGUGUCAGAGUACAGCUAGACGCCUGUUUACAGUAUGUGUAACCCUGUUUAGAAAUAUUCCUUGUUCAGUAUUUGCGUUAUAUUGAACCUCUUGGGUUUGGGUUUUGUUGGACGAUCUUGCUGAUGCAGAUGAUGAUGAUGAUGAUACUUAAGAAGCCAUUUCUCCUACUUUUGGUAGAAAAACAACUGUAGUAAUACUUGACAAAAAAACCCUAACCUUAUGCAAUAUAUACUGAUGUAGUAUACUAUAGUAUACUGAUGCUGUAUUUGUGUGUUGUGUUCAACAAAUGAAGUUGCUAUAAUUCCUUCCAUCCCAAUCUUUGUGUGAGUGUUUUCUGCUGCAGCUAUGAUUUACUGUCUUUACAUAACUGAGUACACAGAAGUACACAGAAGUACUUGUUUAAUGGCUUAUAAACCUCUUGACUUAAAGCCAUUUUUAAUGUAGUGGAUUUUAUUUUUCUUAUUUUAAAUAAGUUAGUUAUCUCUUUUAUCUGUGAACCAGAAGUGUUGGUCAACAUUGGUCCAAUAUAUAUAUAUACUGUAUAUGUGUGUGUGAGUUUUUUUGUCUGUAUUUGAGACAGUUUGUGGCAACAUCAUUGCCGGUUCAGAUCAUGUCUGUUAUUCUGAUAAUGUUUGAAAACUGAUUAUUUCCAGAUUAAAUGUGUGUACAUUUCA